AUGUCUAAUUACAAAGGACUGUUUGUGUUGCUGACUAUAAUAAUCACCUGCACCCAGUUGGCUACAUGUGGCGAAUGCCCAUCAUCAUCGCCAUGCUCGUGUUCUGGGAGAGAUAUCAAAUGCGAUGCUAAAAAUCUAAUUUCUGUUCCUCCCUUGGUCGGUGCUCCUAAUACAACGUAUCGCCUGUUCUUGAAUAGAAAUCCGAAUCUUGUGAUCGGAGACAAUUCUUUUAGUAAUAUUACACUAGAAUAUGUAAGUUUAGAUUCCUGCAGGAACAUCUCGAUAAGUAGCAAUGCUUUUAAAAAUCAAAGAAAAACUUUGAAAGAACUUUAUAUAUCGAAUACAGAUUUAACGAAAGUUCCCGAGGAGCUAAAAGACUUGGAGGCACUACAGAGUCUGCACAUUAAGUCUAACAAGAUGCAACAGUGGGAUUUACUUCUGAUGGAGAAGCUAGGGCUACGCCUUACCACGCUCGAUAUCUCUCGAAAUGGAUUCACGUCUUGGCCCAAAUGGCUAAGGCACAUGACGAAUUUACACUGGUUGGAAGUUAGUUUAAACACAUUCGGAAUGAUCCCACAUGAUGCUUUUGAUGCCUUUCAUUUAAGGCUAAACUACCUGGAUAUAGCAGAAACGGGCAUCAGUGAUAUGCCCACAGGUCUUCAGACUCUGCAUGCAUUGACAGGUCUAAAAGUUGGUGGGAGGACACUGUACGAUUCAAGCUUUUACGAAAAUUGGCUGCCAUCGCGUAUAUCUAGUUUGAAAUCCCUGAUUAUUAUGAACACCCAUAUAACAAAAAUUCCACUUGGUGUUCACCAACAGUGGUCAUUAACCUCACUGAAUAUCCAAAUAAGUGACAUAAAUUAUGUUGAAGAAAACGUUAUGCCAAAAAACCUGACUGAGCUUAUUUUGGCAUACAGUUUAAUAACUCGAAUUCACGGAGGAUUCUGUAACCCAAACUUGAAAGUUUUGAAUCUGGGUGUUAACAAGAUCACAAGUAUUGAAAAAUACGAUCUAAGAGAUUGCCAAAACUUGAUGUCUCUCUAUAUCAGAAAAAACGAAAUCCAUUAUAUAUCACCUACUGCAUUUGUGAGAUUGAAACACUUAUUAUUCUUAGACUUACAAAGAAACAGGUUCAUCCAUAUCCCAAAAGCUAUUGGACGCUUGCAUUCACUUAGUAAUUUGUAUCUUGACGGCAACCACCUGACAUGCACGUGCCAAGAUGAAUGGUUCCUACAGUGGCGUUACAACAACACACAAACAGAACAUAUUACUGGACAGUGUGAAAAUUUGGGCAUUGAUCUUAAAGAUUUCAAACCUCACUGUUCGCCGAUUUUUGUUGGAUAGCAGACAAAGAAACAAUGCUAUUCUGCGGCCGAUAAGAGCUAAUACGGAAUAAAUUCAAAUUCAAAUUCUUUAUUACUUUAAGUUUUUACAACUUAUCAGCAUUAUACAAAGAUAAACACAUAAUAAAUAAAUAAUGUACAGGAUAAUGGU